CAAACUAAAAGGCAGGAUCUACUCUACAGUCUACAGACUACAGCCAGCUAGAGUUCGAAACUUGAGACAUCAAGCGCUAAAAGAAAAAAGAAAAAAAAAUCAGCAAGAAGUUGGCGACGUACGAAUAAAGAUUCUCCACAACGCUCUCACUCCCCCAGGUGGCGCAAUAAAGAACACGAGCUGCAUUCAUUACGCAGGCAUUGCUGCGGUGAGCCUGCCAAGCUGGGAAGCGCAGUGGCAGUGAAAUAAAUCAGGUGUUGCUGGUUGGUGAGGAGGUGGUGCGGCCUGGGGAGGAAGUCAGGGCGGCGGAAGAGAUGAGUGCGGCGGCGGCGAGCUCGGUGGCCAAGUUCAUCAAGUGCGUCACCGUCGGGGACGGCGCCGUGGGGAAGACCUGCAUGCUCAUCUGCUACACCUGCAACAAGUUCCCCACGGAUUACAUCCCCACUGUGUUUGACAACUUCAGUGCCAAUGUCUCCGUGGAUGGGAGGAUUGUCAACUUGGGCCUCUGGGACACGGCAGGUCAGGAGGAUUACAGCAGAUUGAGGCCUCUCAGCUACAGGGGUGCUGAUGUCUUCAUCCUCUCCUUCUCCCUCGUCAGCAGGGCAAGCUAUGAGAAUGUCCUGAAGAAGUGGAUGCCAGAACUUCGCCGAUUUUCGCCUAGCAUUCCUGUAGUUCUUGUCGGAACCAAACUAGAUCUCCGCGAAGACAGAUCUUAUCUUGCUGACCAUCCUGCUGCUUCCAUCAUCACUACUGAACAGGGAGAGGAGCUCAGAAAGCAGAUAGGUGCUGUGGCCUAUAUAGAAUGCAGCUCAAAGACACAGCGGAACAUAAAAGCUGUGUUUGAUACUGCGAUUAAAGUAGUGCUUCAACCACCAAGGCGAAGAGAAGUUACCAGGAAGAAAAUGAAGACAAGUUCGAAUCAGUCUGUGAGGAGAUAUUUCUGUGGAAGUGCCUGUUUCAGAUAAUCAAGAACAAGAGAACAGUCCCCAUGUAGCCACUGCGAACUCCUGGUUCUCUUGUAACUUACGGUGAAUGCUGUUUCACGCUCAUCUAGCAGGAAAAUGAAGUUAGUUUUUCGCCAUCAAGUUUGCAGCAAUUACUUUCCCUGAGAGUUGUACCUCCAUUUACUAUGAAUGGUGGAUUAUAUAGUAGUAGCAGCAAGUAUGAGGUGACCAUUCUGUACUUGUUUUAUUACCAAAACACUGGUGUCGCAAAAGACUCGAUGGAUCUUUAAAUGGACAGUACCGGAAGAAUGAAGGAGUAAUCAUUUCGGCAUUGUUAAACUUUCUA